AUGAUGGCCACCGGGUCUCGGGACUCCUCAGUUCGUGAGGCCAAAGUCUUUGUCAAGGAAGUCGUACGAAAUGACUGGGAUUUCGAUGCCGGCCUUCCCUCACCGUCGUCCGCCGACGGCACUCUUUGCCACGACCGCGAAGUGUGCGAAUGGCGAGUCCGAGAAUUCGACACCCCAACCUCGGAACUCGAGCCACAAAGCUCAGAUAGCGAGCAAGAAUAUGAUCCAUCAGCAGUGCAGAAACUCGCCCCGGGAGCUGCGGGCAUCGAACGGCGUCGCAAACGCCGUCGACAAAUGGACGACGAAAUGGCAUGGAACGAAGGGCUACGCCUAUGGAUGGCCAGACGCGAUGCGUGGUGUGGUGCGAAGACUCGGCGGCAAAUUCGGGCGGAGGAGGAAAAGCGCGCGUUGGCUGGCGCGCAGACGGACACAACAGAUCAGUCCGAUGGCGUGAACCUAGGAGAAAAUGAUGCGACAUCGUCUGGUUCAUCCCAAUCUGCGAUGCCGCCUAGCCAGGGCAGUGAGGGUAUUGACGCCUCUCAUCUGGCAGCCCGGAUCGAAACAUCACUUUCCAUUGCGGAUCGGGAGAAAAGCGAGGAGCUCCAGCAUCGAACGGAUAUGACCUCGGGACAGCAAGAGGAUCAGGAGGAAGGAUUGUCUACCGCGCCAGACGAGGGAGCCAAACGGAAGGACUCGUCAGAGACAACCAUCACAGAGCCAGAUCAGAAACUCGCCGCAGUCGUGCCUCCCCAAGUCACAUCCUUCCCGGCUGUGGAAGACCAAACAGAAGAGGAGAAGGUGGAAGAAGAGCUUGAUGAACCGCUUUGCCCUGUUGCCCCGCCUUUCAUUCCAAACGAUAAUCCAGUUCGCGCAACUAUCAACCCCGCAAUCUACCCUUCAAUCUACACCAAGGUUGUUGUGCAAGGCAUGACCCCCACCGUCCCCGUCAACCUUGCCCAUUUGACCAAAGCCAUGGUUCAAGGCUGGAAAUCAGACGGGCAGUGGCCCCCAAAGCCAGCCGUGACAUCGAUUGUCCUUGCUGAUGAUGCCUCUGUGCCCAAGAAAAACACUGAUCGCUCUGCCGAGGAGGCGCCACAGGGCAGGAGGAAGAACAGCAUUACCAGUGCUGUGAAGAAAGUCUUCCAUUUCGGAUCGCAUCCCUUCCACCGCCGCGCCAGCCAGGAUACCGGGAACGGAGCCGGGGGCCCGACGGCUUAA